AUGUCAGCGCGGGUAGCGCCUCAGCCGCCGCUACAAGCCUCCCCUUCCCCGCAACUGGCGCCUGGUCAAGUGUCCGCUUCGCCGCAGCCUUCCCCGCAGCAGAUGCAGCAGGCGCUGCAAACCCAAAGGCAGCAACAGCUCCAAGCACAGCAGCAGCAUUUGAUGCAGUCGCAACAGGCGGGUCAAACGCCGAAUCAGCAGCAGAACUCACAACCCCAGGCGCAGCAGCAGCAGCAGCAGCAGCAGCAGCAGCAGCACACCCCGCAGAAGCCGUCGCUGCUGCACCCCCUCCCGCCGCGCGUGCACCAGCAACCGAGGCCUAUAGCCAUUCGGCCAGUGCAGGCAGCGGGGCAGCAGCAGGCGCAACAGCAGACGCAGCAGCUGCAGCACCAAACCUCCUCGGCCCAGCAGGGCAACUCAUCUCAGGUGGCAAACUCGUCCCGCCCUGCGCAGGCGCAAGUGCAGAACCAGAGUGCUCUGCAGGCGCAGCAGGCGCAGGCUAGAGGACAGGCGCAGGCACAGGCGCAGGCGCAGAGGCAGGGGGGUGCAGAGGCGCCAGCAGCAGUGGCUCAGGCGCAAGGGGGUGGGCAGCUGCGGCUGCCUGGUGUGGCAGGGGUAGCGGGGAUGCCAGGGGGAGCGGGGAUGGCAGGGGGGACGGGGGUGGCAGGGGUGGCAGGGGUGGCAGGGGGAGCAGGACAGCAGGCACAGCAGCGGGCGCAGCAACCGCAAGCAAGGCGAGCACAGGCUGGAUCUCAAAACCCCCUCGAGCUCCCCGCCCUCUCUUCCUCCCGCCUGCCCCGACUCACCUCGCCGCCCCCUCUGCCCAAGCGGCCAGCCGCACAAGUGACCCCUGCAGCUGCAGCAAAGGCUGAGAACCGAACCAGUGGUGCUUCCACUGGCCUCUCUGGGGCAGCACCUGGGUCAGCAGCACCUGGGCCAGCAGGACAGGGUGCUGGAUCUGUGGGGAUCAAGAGAAGUCCUGCUGUGCCAGGUGGCGCCAUCGCAGAGGUGAAAGCAGGUGCAGUGGGCUCACAGCAAACAGUGCCGGGGAGAGGUGCUGCUGAUACCAAGGCUGCAGCGGCUGCAGCAGCAACGGCGGCAGCGGUGGCGGCGGCGGCAGCAGAGAGGGAGAAGCAGAGGCGACGGAAGCUGCAGAUGAAGGCGCUGCAGGCUGUGCUGUCCCAGUGCUCUGCGGAGUCCUCAAGAGCACACAACCUCCGCCUACAGAGACUCCGUGAGGCCGACGAAGCUGCAGAGAAGGCUCGGGCCGAGGCUCUGGCUCGGUACACCAGCAAUGCGGAGCUGCUGCAGGAAAUCUUCACCUGCGAUGCCACGCAGCUCUCUGGACUGGCCUCCUGUGCCGCCCUGUGGGGGCGUCGGGGUCCCCCUGGUGCCCCUGGGGAAGGCGAUGCAAGAGGGGACUGCGAAGGGGGUAAAGGGGAGGAUGAGGUGGAUGCACGAGCGGCAGAGACAGGGUUUGAGAUGCUUGCUGCCGUGGCAGCUGACGGCUUCGGAAAGAGGAAUGAGGAAGAAAAUGCCAGGGCUGGUGCUCCUGAUGGUCUCACAGGGUCGUUUUUAAAAGCGUCACAUUCUAGAGCCGUACCACAUGAUCCGACUUUGCCUUUGACUAAACCUUUUGCUGGGCGUCAAGCAGGGGAGGGGCGAUUUGGAGCAGCCAAGGGGGGGGAGCGGUGGGUGCAGGAGGUGGCUGUAAUGGCAGCUGACUUUGAUCCUGUGGUGAUGGCAUUCACGAAUCAGCUGCCGGGCAGGGAUCGCGCUGGAGGGAUGCAUGAGGUUGGUGAGAAGAGGCUCAGGGAAGUGGGGGUGGAGUCAGGAGAGGGAGAGGUUGAGGAGGCUUGGUGUGGUAGGAGGAGGAGCAUGCGGGGUGGGGCGUGGGAUGAUGUGGCGGCAACAGAAUCGGCUCCAACUGUUAGCGCUUCACGUCGCCGAUCGGGUCAAUGGGCAGGCUCUUUUGUGAACGCUUCUGAACCAGUUGUGAUUGACGAUGCGGAGGACGAGGCAGGGGAGAAGGACGAGGAAGAUAAGAGGUUUGAUGAACUGCUGGAGGAGAGGAACAAGAAGAUGGAUGAGUUUGGACAGAUUAUGGCAUUAGCAGCUGUAGCAUCGACUGCAACUGACAUUCUCCGGAAGCUGAAGCACGAGAACAUAAUUGAGAUGCUCGACGCCUUCGAGACCCCGCAGGAAUUCUGCGUCGUCACGGAGUUCGCACAGGGCGAGCUCUUCGAAAUCCUGCAGAACGACCAGGCGCUACCCGAGGCGCAAGUGCAAGUCAUCGCCAAGCAACUGGUGCGCGCGCUGUACUAUCUGCACUCGAACCGCAUCAUUCACCGCGACAUGAAGCCGCAGAACAUUCUGGUGGGCGCGGGCGGAAUCAUCAAGCUCUGCGACUUUGGCUUUGCGCGCGCCAUGUCGUGCAACACCAUGGUGCUCACAUCCAUCAAAGGUGCGCCAUGUCGUGCAACACCAUGGUGCUCACAUCCAUCAAAGGUGCGCCAUGCCGUGCAACACCAUGGUGCUCACAUCCAUCAAAGGUGCGCCAUGUCGUGCAACACCAUGGUGCUCACAUCCAUCAAAGGUGCGCCAUGCCGUGCGACACCAUGGUGCUCACAUCCAUCAAAGGUGCGCCAUGCCGUGCAACACCAUGGUGCUCACAUCCAUCAAAGGUGCGCCAUGCCGUGCAACACCAUGGUGCUCACAUCCAUCAAAGGUGCGCCAUGUCGUGCAACACCAUGGUGCUCACAUCCAUCAAAGGUGCGCCAUGUCGUGCAACACCAUGGUGCUCACAUCCAUCAAAGGUGCGCCAUGCCGUGCAACACCAUGGUGCUCACAUCCAUCAAAGGUGCGCCAUGUCGUGCAACACCAUGGUGCUCACAUCCAUCAAAGGUGCGCCAUGCCGUGCGACACCAUGGUGCUCACAUCCAUCAAAGGUGCGCCAUGCCGUGCAACACCAUGGUGCUCACAUCCAUCAAAGGUGCGCCAUGCCGUGCAACACCAUGGUGCUCACAUCCAUCAAAGGUGCGCCAUGUCGUGCAACACCAUGGUGCUCACAUCCAUCAAAGGUGCGCCAUGCCGUGCAACACCAUGGUGCUCACAUCCAUCAAAGGUGCGCCAUGUCGUGCAACACCAUGGUGCUCACAUCCAUCAAAGGUGCGCCAUGCCGUGCAACACCAUGGUGCUCACAUCCAUCAAAGGUGCGCCAUGCCGUGCAACACCAUGGUGCUCACAUCCAUCAAAGGCACGCCGCUGUACAUGGCACCGGAGCUGGUGCAGGAGCAGCCGUACAACCACACGGUGGACCUGUGGUCGCUGGGCGUCAUCCUGUACGAGCUCUACGUGGGGCAGCCGCCCUUCUACACCAACUCCAUCUACACGCUCAUCAACCACAUCAUCAAGGACCCGGUGAAGUACCCCGACGCCAUGAGCGCGAGCUUCAAGCACUUCCUGCACGGGCUGCUCAACAAGACGCCGCAGAACCGCCUCACGUGGCCCGCGCUGCUGGAGCACCCCUUCGUCAAGGAGACCGCCGAGGAGAUCAGCGCACGGGAGGAGCGAGCACAGAAGGCGAUGGAGCGAGCAUGCAGGGCAGCAUGGCACGCACGUGCCAGCACGUUCCUUCCCCACCCGCUCAUGCCCUCCGCCGCCAAGGAGAACGCCAACGCUGCACCAGAGACCAAGGCGGCGCCAGCAGCAGGGGGCACGACGCCUGUACCGUGUCCGCCAGGCAAGAAGGCGCGCGAGCUGCCUCUGCGCAACAUAGAGGCCCGCGCCACCCCCCAGAACCUCUUGCCCGCCAAGGGCCCCGCCCCGCCUGCUCAGCCCGCCCAGACACCGGCACAGCCGCAGCAGCAGCGACAGCAGGCGCAGCAGCAGCAGAGGCAGCAGGGGGAGGAGGGGCCACGAGGGGCGAGAGCAGCGCGAGCAGCAGAGGAGAUGCCGCCUCCCGCUCAGCCUGCAGCCACAGGGAGGAGCCGCCUGCUGAGGCGACUGGAGGUGAUUCGCUCGUUCCUCCCAAAGGCCGCCUCCGCAUCCCCUGACUCCAUAGCAGCAGCAGCGAGCGCGCUGCACUCCCUGGCAUCGCUCGUCACCGACCGCCACCCCUCCGACCCUCCUCUGGACGUGCGCUGCCUGCACUACGACGUGUUCCCCGCCGUCCUAUCCCUGCUCGACACGUGUCUCGCGGACAGAUCCUCCCGCCUGCAGCCUGUGCUGUGCCCCGCGCUGGCCCUGCUCCGCUGCGCCUUCGCCCUCAGGGCGUCCCUCGCGGGCAACCAGACAGGGAGGGAGAAGGAGAGAGAGAAGGAGAGACAGGGCAAGGGGGGAGCGGGAGGGGGCGGGAAGAAGGGCGAGGAGGGGGAGUGGGAUCGGGAGACAGAGGGGGCGUUUUUGGAGAAUGCUCUCUCGUUCAUCAAGAAAUACCCCAAGGUGCUGGAAGGGCCAGCGCAGCAGUCAGGCGAGGCGUGCCACCUCGCCACGGCCUCCCUCACUCUCCUCCUCGCCGCCUCCUCUGCUGCCGUCCGCGCAGCCUGCCUCCCCGGAGCCUCCCCCCCCGCCCCUUCCGCCACCGCGCCCCCGUCCACUGGCUCACAGCGGCAGCAGAAGGCAGGGGGCAGCACUCGGGACAGGAGCACACGCGGUACCCAGGGAGCAGCAGCAGGCGGAGGGGGAACAGGGGGGCGGGGAGGGGCAGCAGCAGGGGCGGGUAGUGUGAGUUACGUGGAUACAGAGAUACUGUCGUGCGCACAGGCAGUGGCUGUUACAGAACACAUGGCGCGCUGCAUUGCUCUCGCAGGGAAGGGGCUUGCUCUUGCUGCACAAGAGCAGGAGAGAAAGGGCGCUAGAGGCGGGGCUGCUGCCCGGGGUGCCGGCCGGGCAGCUGAAAAGAUUGACGCGGAGGAGGCGGGGGAGUGGCAGCAGGCGAGUCUGCAAGCUCUGCUGGGGAUCUGGGCAGCUGUGGAAGGAAUGGAGGCAGCUAGCGGGGAGUGGAGCAGCGGGGAUAGGAAAGGCUUCCCGUUAGCAGUUAUGCUCGGGGCUGCACCGGGGUGGGAGGGCGUGGAAGGAAUAGGGAAGAAGGGAGGGAAGCUGCGGAGGGCUCUUGGGGAGAAGCUUGAGAAGGGGAGGUUUGUGGGCGAGAGGUUGCUGCGACGAGUUGUUGAGGUGAUUAUCGGGAAUGGGGCCAGUGCGAGUGCGGCUAUAGCUGCUGCACUGGAGAUGGUAGGAGGGAACAAUGUGCUGCUUCCCAGGCUCCUGCAGCUGCUGCUGCGCUGCUGCCUCUUCUCCCCGUCCUUCUGCUGCCUCGUGGCCCGUGCACCCAUCCCAAACGCCCCCUUCCCCGGGCACGAUGGGAGCAUUGUGUCGGGAGGGGGUCCCGACUCCCUGCUUGCAACCAUCUUCUCCCUCCUCCACUCCUCUCCCGCUGCUCCUGAAGACACCUUGCAAUGCAGCGUCCGGGCGGCGUUGGCUUGUCUGGUAGUGGCGGCUGUAGCGGAGGGGCUGGGGUUGAGGGGCCUGCAGGGCGGUAAGUGGGUGCUGACGUCAGACUCGCAGGUGCAGGAGGUCAGGCUGGCGGUUCUAGGGAGGCUGGCAGGGGAAGGCGGAUUAGGGGAAGGUGAGGGAGGGAGGGCUGGUGGGAGCAGAACGAGAGGAGCAGCAAGGAGUGAAGCACAACAGCAGCAGGGGAUGGGGGUGGGGCCGGGGCGGCCGUCAGCAGCAGCAGCAGCGCUGGCCAUGGCAGUGAUCAUGGAGCUAGAGCUCGCUCAGUCAGGCGAGCGCCGAGGCUCCUUCGGAGGCGGGUCGUGGGGCGGCGGCAGGGCCUCAUUUGGCGGCACCCCUGGCAGCAGCAGCCCAGCAGACGCGCCUGACUCUUCAAACAUCUCCGACCUUGUGCUCAAGCACCUUCCCCCCCUCUCUCUGCUCUCCUCCAAGCUGCGGGUUGCUCAUGCGCCGGGGUAUUCCAAGGCGAUGGAGGGGUUUGGGGUGUGUAAUGGCGGGUGGGGGGAGCUGUGGGGGGGCGCGGGGAGGGUGGUGGGGCGGUGGCACGGGGUGCGGGACGGGUAUGUGGGCAUGCUCACAGUCUCCCUGCGCCUGGGGGGUCCUCAGGCGGUGGAGAAAGCUCUUGGAGAUGGAUUGCUAGUGUCUAUGAUGAGCGUGCUGGCAGGGGGUGUGGGUGCGGGGAAAGGAGUGGGGAGGGGCGGAGCGGGGGAGGCGGUUGAGGGGGAGAGGGCGGCGUGGGCGGCGGGGGAGAGGGGGUUCUCGCCCCCGGACCAUGUGGGGCUGUCACCCACGGGCGUCAUGUGGCUGCUGGCAGGGCUCUACAUGUGCCUGCCUGGUGCGUAUCCUUUGCCCCUCUGUUCCACAGCUUUCUCCUCUUGCCCCCCAUUCCGUGACUUGUACUGCAGUGUCUCCGCUCUGCUUCGUGCCUCGUUUUCAACUCAAUGCCCGAUUUGUUUCUCCAGCCUCUCAUCACACGUAGUGUUCCUGCUUGUCCCCAUGCUCUGCCUCCUCUGCUGCUCCCUCACCUCUCCCCAUCACUCCUCCCUGUGCCGUCCCUUCUCCCUUCCCGCUUCCCUCUCAGCCGGUGGUUACCGCGAUGCCCUGAUUGGCGCAGACCCCAUCGACAUCCUCCUGAAGCUUCUCGGAACCUUCCACCUGGCGCACCUGCAGGCGUGGGACAACUGCCAGGGGGGGCCGUGGGGGGAAAUGCAGCUCGCGCUGGGGGGGGGAGGCGCGGAGGGGUCUGGAGGAGGCGGGGGAGGUGUGAGAGGGGGAGGGGGGGCGGAAGCUGGGCACAUGUGGGGGGAAACAGGGUGGGUGAUGGAGGGAAGCUUGGAGGGAGUGGCACAGCCGGUAUCACUGGAUAUGGUGGUGGAGCUAGUGUGUGGUGUGGUGGACGUGCUCCUAUUCCCCUUCCACGCAGUUGUUGCAGGGGAUACUAUUGGUGGGGCUAGCAGUGCGGGUGGCACCACCAGUGCUGCGCCCGCUGCUUCGGCAGUUAGUGGGGCGGCGGGCGGCAGCAGCGUCAGGUCGGGCGGCAGCGGGGGGGAGAUGGAUGAGCUGUCUCGGGCGCUGCUGGCGCUGCAGCCUCAGUACCUGCAGAUGCUCCAAGAGACUUCCUACCUCAACAUCCACCUGCUCGUCCAGCAAGCCCCAUCUUGUUGCAGCAUCUCAUGUCCACUCUCCUCCUUUCUCCCCCUCUCACAUUCCUCGCAGUCGUCGGCCAUCCCAGUGCUGUUGGCGUCACUGGCGGUACUACAGGGCCCAGCGCUCAUCGGCCCCAUCAACCUGCUGUCGCGCAUCGCCCACCACUCGCCCGCAGCAGCUGCCCUGCUGGUGCGGCACGGGGGCCUGGACCCGGGGCUCAUGGGGAAGCUGUUUGGCAUGGAGGAGCCCGAGGAGGGCGAGGGGGAGGGGGCGGAGGGGGGGGACGGCGAGGAGGGGCAGGGGUACGUGAUGGAGGUGGUCAUGGACGUGCUGCUCAUCGUCUCCCACCUUUCGCGGCUCUCCGAGGACUACUACGAGCCCAUAGCCACGGCGGACAUCUACGGAGCACUGGAGGUGUUCCUUGCACACCCCGAUGCUGGCGUGCGCUCCAAGGCCUGCAAUGCCGUGGGCAACAUGUGCCGCCACUCCGCCUACUUCUACCCCAUCAUGGUGGACUCGGGGAUUCUAUCGCGCCUCAUAGAGUGCUGUGCAGAUCAUGACCGCAACACACGCAAGUUCGCCUGCUUUGCGAUUGGCAAUGCAGCAUACCACAACAGUUCGUUGUACGCCGCCCUGAGACCAGUCAUCCCGCACCUAGCGGUGCUGCUAGCAGCCGAGAGCGGGCCGCCCAGCAGCAGCGACGACAAGAUCAAGGCCAACGCUGCAGGCGCGCUGGGCAACAUGGUGCGCAACUCCGGGGAGCUCUGCCACGACCUCAUCUCCCAGGGUGCGCUGCAGGUGAGCUGUGGUGGUGAUGCAAGGGACAGAUGGUCAUGCAUUUUCAAGAUGCUGGGGCCAGCGUGCGCCCUUGGGUGCUCUGCAAGAUGUCUGUUGAGAAUCUUCAUGGGCUGCACUUGA